ACUAGAACUAGUAGCAUUGACGUGUCCACGACAGACGCCUUGCGUCGUCCUCGUCUUCAUAUUGUUAUAAAACCAUAGCUACAUCACAACUAGAAGUACUCGCGUGUUUGGCACUCUCAGUGCUGCGAGGAAUGUCGAUCUGAGCACACGGUACCUUUAGCUCUCUUGGUUUUAUUUCAUCUCAUGAGUGUAUUUAUAUUUGGUUCUCGUUCAUCUUUAUUCUUUUACCAGCAUCACCAUCAUCAUCAUCAUCAUUUCAUUCUCUCAGUGUCUCAAGUGUGUUCAGUGUUAAAUAUACAACUAAAAUAGAUAAAUAAAUUAAUAAUAGAGCAUGUCAUUAUGAUUAAAGCAUGAUCAAAAUAUUGUAUCUCUUUUAACUAACCUGAUACUUGAACUGAAACUCCAGGGUUAUUCUGAACCAUCUAGAUGUCAAAUUAUUCAAUGAUCAACUCAGUGUCAUAUAGAUGAAACAGUAACCUGAACUUGGGCGUAUGUCCGUGGAAGCACGUGGAUGUGAAAAGCGCGACCAUACAUACACGCACAUCAGUAGGAAUUAAUUAAGAGAGUCCGAUAUGAGUACCGUAGGAAAAAUAUCCAUCGAGAUAAGAUGACAUCACGUCGUCAUGUCCUUGCGAGCAUCCGCAGGACGAUUAUUGUUGCCGCUGUCCUCGCACUCAUCAUUCUUGCCCUCUCGACUCAAGAUGGUACAAGUAACAGCGUUCAAUCAUCAUCGAUAGUAGAAAAAGAAACGGCUCAAUCGGCCGAAGAGAAACUGCUCGAGAUGAAAACCAUGGCUGAGACCGAGGCACGGCUGAUAGAUAGACGCAAGUUAUUAACAAAAAGAUGCUCCGAAGCUGGCCUAGAUCGUCCUGGGAAUGAUUCUCUUCAUCGCCCCAAUGCUUGGGAAUUUUUUGUUAAUCGAGAUUAUCAUCUCAUUUGGUGUAAUGUCUUUAAAGCUGCUUCUACUUCCUGGAUUUAUAACUUUAAUCGUCUUGCAGGAUACAGUCCACAAUUUUUAAAAGCAUCUAAAGCUGUACCAGUAUCAUUAGCAAGGCAAAGAUAUCCAAGACCUACAGCUGAUGAAUUAUCACGAUAUUUGAAUGACAGUGUAAGCUUCCUUAUUGUAAGACAUCCUUUUGAACGUCUCCUCAGCGCAUAUAGAGACAAACUUGAACAAAGUUUGCCCAACACUCUACAUAGCAAACUUGGAAUGCGAAUAAUUAACCAGUUCCGAUACAAAGAUCCAAAACAUCGAACUAAGAGAGGUCCUAGAUAUCCACUUUUUGAAGAAUUUGUCAGGUGGCUUUUGUGUGAAUGGCAAGCUGGUAAUGAACUAGACAUGCAUUGGACACCGAUUAUCAGUUUUUGUACACCAUGCCAAGUUCGUUUUGACAUCAUUGCUAAAUUUGAGACACUUCAAGAUGAUCAAAAUUAUAUCAUAAAACAUGUUCACUUGGAACACUUGAUAAAACCAGAGUGGAAAAAUCCUGCAAGAGGUGCACAAACGAAGGAUGUUAUGAAGAAAUACUUUGUACAAUUAUCCAAAAGUCAAAUUACUGAUCUUUAUGAAAUGUUCAAAUAUGACUUUGAACUCUUUAAUUAUUCACCAUCGGAGUAUAUUGAAUAUGGAAAAGACCACUCAAUUCCUAAUGAGUGUAGAAAAUAACAUUAUGAUAGAAAAACGUAACUUCUUAGUUCGAAGUACAAAGAGCUAAACAAUUUUCCAAGUAAUUAAGAUUAAUCAAUUUUUUAAUUGCAGUACUAAAAAGUAAUUUAUACUAAUUAUGUGUAAUUUUAUUCAAAUAUUGUUGGAUUUUAUAUUUUUUUACUUUCAAAGUUGAUAGUUGUGCAAAAAUAUUUUUAUUCAACACCUUAACUCUAAAUAAUUAAUGUAUCAAGUAUAGUAUCAUUUUUACGUAUCAUAGAAAUUACUUGUUUGCAAGAAUGCUCACUUAACCACAAGGUAAAUUUAGUAAAUUAGUUCCUAUGAAACAGCUUCCAUCAUUAAAAUUAAGAAUAAAAAACUUAGACAGUACUGCAACAAAUAAUGAUCAAUUAAAUGUUAUCGAAUAUAAAUGGCCUAAAUUUACUAAUUGUUUAAAAUAAAUAAAGAAUAGAUAAGUCGUUUAAAUAAAAGAUGUACAACAUCCUGUAAUAUUAAAGACAGUUUUUGAUUAUUGUUCUAUUUAGAUAAUUAUUCAGUACUCUAAAGCAAUUGUUAU